AUGACCUCGACAAGUAUAUCUUCCUCUAAGAUCAACUACAGUGUGGGCUGGAUCUGUGCGCUGCCUUUAGAGCUGACGGCGGCCAUGGUCAUGUUCGACGAUCGACACCUUUCUCUCCCACAGGGCUUACAUGACGACAACGUCUACACACUGGGGAGUAUCGGAAAACACAAUGUGGUGAUCGCCUGUCUUCCCGCCGGUCAGAUGGGCACCAACUCCGCUGCGACUGUGGCGGGUCAGAUGCGAUUAACAUUCCCCGCCAUCGGGUUCUGGCUAAUGGUCGGUAUCGGUGGCGGUGCUCCAAGUCGCGAGAAUGACAUUCGACUGGGCGACGUGGUCGUUUCACGUCCAGGAAAGAGCGACGGUGGUGUAAUACAGUACGACUUCGGGCGUACUAUCGCUGAAGGUCGCUUCAUUCGAAGUGGGACUUUGAAUGCACCCCCAGCAGCUCUCCUGAAUGCUGUCAGCGCCCUUCAGGCAAGAUAUAACCUAUGGGGUCACGAGCUUGCGAAGUAUUUUUCGGCAUUCGACUCUCCUUUGCUAAAAGCGAAGUAUACUCACCAAGGCGGGGAGAAUGACUUGCUUUUUGAAGCAAGCUACGAUCAUGUUGGCAAUGCACCAACAUGUGAUCAGUGCGAUAGAUCGAGGCUCGUCCCUCGUCAAAGGAGGCCAAUUGACCCGGUCAUCCAUUACGGAACAAUUGCCUCCGGAAAUCAGGUAAUGAGACAUGGAGCGUCUCGAGAACAAUUGAGAAAGGAGUCAGAUAUACUAUGCUUUGAGAUGGAGGCGGCCGGGCUCAUGAACAACUUUCCAUGUAUUGUGGUUCGAGGCAUCUGCGAUUAUGCCGACUCCCACAAGAACAAACGUUGGCAAGAGUAUGCUGCUGCCACAGCCACAGCAUACGCCAAAGAACUACUCUUGAUUACACCAAGUAGUACAAACCCAGAGGCGGCCUCAAGCCUGAGCUAG